CAAUAAAGGUGUAACAUAUCCAGUCCCCCUGUUUUUAACGUCCGCAUGAUGGAGGCGUUACGUUCCUUUUUUAGAUGAACAAGUCAAGAAAGUCAGGAAUUCACUUUACUGUUCCCUGACAUCUUCCCUCGAGUCAUGAAUAAUACAAACGAAUCAUCUCAUUAUUGCAGUAUUACACCUUCCAGACAAGACUGCAUCUAUACAAGCUGCUACUGCGAAGAGAAUGUCUGGAAGCUCUGCGAACACAUUAUGACUCGAAAACAAUACCCUGAGGAUGGAGUUUAUGCAGUGUUUAUAUCCAACGAAAGAAAGAUGGUAAGCUGUCACAUAUACCCCUGUUUUCACCAAGUCAAAUUUGAAACUUUCCUCUCCUCCUCUUCUGCAGAGUCCAAGAUGAACCUGGACGACUUUAUCAGCAUGGAUCCCAGGCGAGGCUGUGGCAGCGUCUACACCUUAACAGAGUUUGUGCAACGAUUUGCCAAGACCUGAUGGCAGACUACUUCAGAAGAAAGAAAUUCAUUGGAGCUGUAAAUUUGUUAGUGACUGUUCAGGACUGUUAGGGCAUAACAAGGUGUUCAAAGUAAAGAACGCAUCCUUUG